AUGUCCGUCGGACAGAAACCAGCUACAGGCAUAUCGUUAGUUUACGGCCAGCCUGAACAUGCUUCGCCCCUCCGCUCUGCCAUGGAUCAUCUUCCACUGUUGGCUCAUAGCGAUACUGCUAGUAUCAUGACUCAAGACAAGACUACAUUUCAGACAAAUGGAUUUGAGUCUCCUACUUCUGCAGUCAGACCGCGUGUUGAGGAAGCGGAAGACGAGGAUCGGACGCGUAAACGUUCCAGAGUGGAUUCUCUUGCAUCUGGUUCUGAUGAGCAUGAUGUGAAUGUACCGCGCGAAGCAGACGUGCCCGUCACAGAAGGUACCGGGAAGGCCCAAGCACCAUCACCACCACCUCAUGACUCCCAGCCCGUCUCGUCGCCAGAGAUAUCAAUACAGACACCGGCACAACCUGUCACUCAAACUCAAACAGUGGAAUUGGCUGACGCAGGCGUGAAGAGAGCUACUAUCUCGUACAAACCGUCAUGUCUCUCGUGGUUCGGAUCGCGUCCUCGAACGAACGCAACAGAGGUGCUCAUGAAAGCCACAGACGAUAUUGUUCCUGCGGCAUCUGAUACCCCACUGGUUGUACAGAGAUCUAAUACAUCACCUCUACAGAAUAUAGUAGAGACUCAAUCGCCGCUUCCUACUGUGGAUACCACUACACCACAUAAUACCGUUACCGCCGGCUCGCAAUUUCAGGCAUCUCCAACUUCUAUUCAAACAGAAUCCGCAGUUUAUCCCGAAUCAGUGAGGCAGUUGUACAUUCAGACAACGCAGAAACCACAGGCUCGUCCGAUGGAACCAAUGCUAUCGACCAGAACCGUUACUUCUGUAGAUGACGAAGUGCCUGGCCCGAAACCCAGCUCUUUAUCAAGCACCCCAUCUGAGGCGCUUCCCGUGUUAGUACAGAGUGAGGACGAAGGAGAGCGAGGCCGGAAGCUCGCCAUCGCCUCGUUGAACCCAUCCUCCAGCAGGUUCACGCUCAGGCUCCCUCUCCUCGGAAGGCCCAAAGUUCCACUCGAACAGAUAGCCGUGGUAGCACAGGCAGGUGAAUCUGCAGGGCCUCGAGAGAGCGAGCCCGUGCCAGAUGCCUCUGGGAGAGAUACUGAUGCACAGCCCUCGGUGACGUCCCUGGCCCUGGUCGACGGAAGCCUCAGUGUCGAGCCGUCUACGAGUGCGACCCAAGAGCUAUCAUCGGUUGUAUCAGCGUCGAAUUCUCCCGUCGAGGCGGUUGCGUCACAAGAGCCUUCGUCCUCAGCAGAUGUCAACAUAAACGAAGUAAGCGCAAAUCCAACUCCCGCAUCUUCCUGGUGGGAUUAUGUAGGAUGGGGUCACAGCCAGCCUGUUCAGGCUGAUCAGCCAGACCCGAAGCCGGAGCAAACGACCACAGGCGGCGACAUCAACAUUAUUGCUACGGAUACUUCUACACAUGUGUUCCCGAAAGUGCCAUUUAGCCCUUCAACUUCGCAAACACCAAUGACUCCCACACCUCUUGGGUCUCUCUCGGCAACAACUCAAAGUGCAGAAAUUACCAAAGCUUCAAGCCUACGAGAGGCGGUGCAACGCCGCGAAGAAGCUUUGCCUGGCAAACCGACGCCUUCAGAACAGGAGCCAGCCUCGGCAUUCCCUGAACCCGUGAAGAGUGAGCGCUCGACAUGGUACUCCCCCUGGGCGUGGUACGCGACUUCUCCGGUGUCCCCUCCGUACGAUAGCGCUCUGUCGGGGGCAACCGCUACAGGAGCAACGGCAAACUCAGAAUCGGGCGAGACUGCGAAGAUGGAGUCGGAGGUCGUGAAGACACAAGCACUCGCUCGCGAUCAUCCCGCACCGACUGUCGUUGCAGAGUCCAGUCGAGCUCCUCCGCAGGUUGAUCCCCCACCCGUCGAGCCGAAGAACCCCAUUGAAUCGUCAGUGUCGACACAUCGCUCGGGAUGGGCCACGUUCUUCAUGUCGCGCGCGCUCGUCACCAAGUCCGUGUCGGACGAGCAGAAAGACCGGGACGAGAACGGCAUGGAGAUCAUGAACUUGGACGAGGACGGGGACGCGCCCAAAGCCCCGUCGGAUCCUAUCAUCAUAGCGCCUGCGAAGCCUGUGCAGCAGCUUACUUCGCUGUCUCCGAAGGCGUCGUCGUCUGCAUUUGUCAAAGACAAGGUUCGGAAGUCAGAGACGUCCCCGCUGUCCGACAAGAACACCCGUGAGGCGCUGAAGCCGAAGACGCCCCGGUCUAUAUCCCCAACGCCGUCGAAGGCGCCGAGCGUGUCGUCUACUGCGCCUCGCCCGCCUAACCUUGUCUUACCCGGGUUCGAGGAGAUAUUCCAUCUUCCGCCUCGCUCGACUUUCAUCCCCAUCUCGAAGGCAGGAAAGUCGAAGUUAUCGCAGACACUCUCAUUUGUCAGCGGAGCGCUAUUCUCCAAGGAGGAAUCCGCCCAGGGCAAGGGCAAGGGUAAGGAUAAGGGAAACCCGUUCCUUCAUUUCGGAAAAGAGUUACCGAAGGCUUUGGAUGUCGUCGGUGAGCAGCUGAACUCCUACAUCAUGAGCGGUGGGUGUAGGGUGGUCGUGAUCGGUGUGGCCGGUUGGAUGCCAGGAGCCGUCACCAGAACUAUCGCUGGCGGAUUGCCGUCCUCGAGCACGAAGUUCGUCAACAUGACUUGUCAAGCAUUGGAGCGGUUCGAGCAGCAACACGGGUUCAAGUUUAAGAAGAUAACCAAGAUGCCCCUCGAAGGGGACGGAACGAUAGAACGGAAGGUGUCUAAAGUGCACCAACAUCUUCUUUCUAACGAUGAAUGGAUGGAAGACCUACACGCGGCGGACGUCAUUUUUGUCGCAACUCACUCCCAAGGAUCUAUCGUAUCCACCCAUCUCAUUGACAUGCUAAUCCAAGACGGCCAUAUCCUCACCACUCGCAGUGUCGAUAUUUUGACCGAAACGGCUGCUACGAUUGCACCUGGUGGUGCAGCUUCAUUGUCGGCCACGCAAGCUCAGCGAGUUUGCUUCCUUGCACUGUCGGGAAUACAUUUAGGUCCAUUGCGAUACUUGAAGAUGAGCUCCUUGCUGCAACCAUACAUACAGUACUUUGAGAAUUCCUCGGCCAGCGAGCUCUUCGAGUUCCAGAAUACAGAAUCACCGCUCUCCAAAGCAUACACAAAGGCGUUAAGCAACAUUCUUGAUCAUGGUACGAAAGUGGUCUUUAUUGCCUCUCUUAACGAUCAGGUGGUGCCGAUCUAUUCGGGCUUAUUCAGUGCAGCGUCGCACCCUCGGAUCUUACGCGCCUUGUACAUUGAUGGCGAUGCAUAUCACACAACCGAUUUCCUUACUAAUCUCCUCAUCUUACUUGUCCGCAUCAUGAACGCAGGCCUUUCCGAUGGAGGCCUCCUGGCCCAUCUCUCCGAGGCCACGGCCGGUAGUUUGAGCGGAAUCGGACACUCGACCGUUUAUGAGGAGCCGGAGACGUUUUCUUUGGCAGUUAACUAUUUCUUCCUCGCGAACGAUGGCGACAGCCCUGCAAGUCUUUCCGUCCAACCAUUCGACGCUGUCGUGGAGCAGAACGAUUACGAGAUUCCUUGGUCGCUCCGCGACAUGAUCGCCGACGAGCGAGUGGCGUACUUCUUCGCACACGAGUUCGCCCAGCUCCGCGACACAUUUGACGACUGGCAGCCCAAGACGACCAUCCUUCGUGAUGUCAAGCGGAAGCUCCAGCCUAUUCAGCGUCUUUCUGCUAUCGUCUCACAUACCACCAGCAAGCUCUGA